AUGCUGCGAACCGGGUCGACGAGAAUCAGCUCGGUUCUGCCUGGGCUGAGACUAUAUUCCACACACAUUGAGACUGUUCCACUGGCGUACGAUCUGUGGGAGCCGCGGGGAGAGACUAUGGGUGCCCCGAUUGUGUUUCUUCACGGACUCUUUGGCACGAAGACAAACAACCGAUCCGUUUCGCGAGUUUUGGCUCGUGAGCUGAACUGCAAGGUAUAUUGCCCCGACAUGCGCAACCAUGGCGAGUCUCCACACGUUAAAGUGCAUACAUAUGACGCUAUGGCUGCCGACGUGACUAGAUUUAUUGCAGACCUCGACAUUCACAGGCCAAUCCUGAUCGGUCACUCCAUGGGCGCCCGGGCAGCCAUGGCGGUUGCUUUGAAAGAACCAAAUCUCGUGUCCAAACUCGUUCCUGUCGACAACAGUCCUUUGUCAACUGCGCUUGGCUCGGAGUUCCCGCGGUAUGUCCAGGGCAUGCAAGCGGUGGAUCGGGCCCGCCCACACAGCCAGAAAGAGGCUGCUGAAAUCAUGGCCAAGUACGCUCCGGAACUACCAAUCCAGCAGUUUCUGCUUGCGAAUUUCAAGAAAAAUGACGACGGUGAGUACGCGUCCCAGAUCCCGCUGGAUAUUCUCGGCAAAUCGCUUGGUUAUGUAUCAGAGUUUGACUACUUGCCCGGAAAAUAUCGCUACUCAGGCCCAACUCUGUUGAUCAGAGGAACUAAAUCGAGGUUCGUGCCUGACGAGGCUCUUCCUCUUAUGGGCGACCUUUUCCCCAGAUUCACGGUGGUCGAUAUCGAAGCUGGGCACUGGGUAAUUUCUGAGAACCCUAAGGGCUUUUUGGAUGCUACACUGCGGUUUUUGGACGAUAGCGACUGA